CCAGUGAGCCCACAGAGAGAGGACAGGGAGUGAGAAACCAUCAAUGGCGGAGAGCCGGAGGUUUCAGUUGAGCAGUCAAUUGUCAGGUAAAAAGUGAAAAAUGAGUGAGCAGUCAAUUACGUACACGACUCAGAUCAGAGCCGACGGUUUCAUCAUCGGAAAGUAGAAGAUAAAAAAGAGAGGAGCCGAGCGAAAGCCGCAGCGGAAAUGUCGGAGGCGGGAGGAUCGAACUCGUUCCGGGACGAGCUGGCGAGUCUGUUAGGCGAUCCUGUCGGAAUCUCGACGCCGUCGUUCGCAGCGCCGGCGGCGGAGGAGGAGCAGUCGGAGAGUUUGAGGGAUCAGGUGAAGGGGUUCGCGAUGGCGUGGGGGGAGAUUCUGCUGGAUUUGGGGAGGGGAUGUAAGGACAUUGUGCGGCAGAGCUUGUUGACUGAGGACUCGUACGUUGUGAGGAAGCUGGAGAAGCCUUGUGCUAAGGCGAAGGCCAAGUUGAGCUACUUGAAUGAGUUCUUGCCGGAGGAUCGGGAUCCGGCGCACGCUUGGCCGGUGAUUCUCUUUGUUUUCAUUCUUGCUCUUACAGCUAUAAGUAUAAAUACCGAACACAAAACCUUGGUUCGACAAGUGAAGAGAGUACAGAUGCAUCCUCCUAGUGCUAGUCAUGUGCUACUUCCAGAUGGAAGACGAUUAGCAUAUCACGAGCAAGGUGUCCCAGCUAAAACAACUCGAAUUUCACUGAUUGCUCCUCAUUCGUUUCUGUCAUCACGACUUGCAGCUAUGCCGGGAAUUAAAAUAUCGUUGCUUGAGGAGUUUGGUAUCCGCUUGAUCACAUAUGAUCUCCCUGGCUUUGGGGAGAGUGAUCCUCAUCCCAGCAGGAAUCUGAACUCAUCUGCAUUGGAUAUUCUGUGUUUAGCCAAUGCCAUUGGUAUUGAAGACAAGUUCUGGGUACUGGGCCACUCAAGUGGAGCUAUGCAUGCUUGGGCUGCUCUCAGAUACAUUCCUGACAAAGUUGCAGGUGCAGCUAUGGUGGCCCCAAUAAUUAAUCCUUAUGAAGCUGGCAUGACUAAGGAAGAGAUGAAAAGAACUUGGGAACCAUGGGUUCUUAGAAGGAAAACAAUGUACUUCUUAGCUCGUAGGUUUCCAAAGUUUCUAACGUCUUAUUACCGCCGAGGCUUCCUAUCAGGAAAGCAUGACAGAAUUGACAAGUGGUUAUCUCUCUCACUGGGCAAGAGGGAUGAAAUUCUACUUGAAGAACCAAAAGUUGAACAACAUUUGCAAAGGGAUGUGGAAGAGUCAAUUCGCCAGGGCAGUACUAAACCCUUUAUAGAGGAAGCUGUGCUACAAGUAUCCAAGUGGGGGUUUAGUCUCGCAGAUCUUCAGGUGCAGAAAAAGUGUCAUCAAACAGGAAUUCUAACUUGGCUCAGGUCCUUCUACAGUGAGGCAGAAUGCGAACUGACUGGAUUUCUAGGUCAGAUACACAUAUGGCAGGGGAUGGAUGAUCAGAUAAUACCACCAUCAGUGACUGACUACAUUUCACGGGUUUUACCUGGAGCUUAUGUGCAUAAGCUCCCAAAUGAAGGCCACUUGUCCUACUUGUAUUUCUGUGAUGAAUGCCAUAGACAGAUGUUCGCUACUCUUUUUGGAAGCCCUCAAGGUCCAGUUGAGGCAGAUGUUACUCCAUCUAGAUUGGAAGGCAAUCCGGAACAGCUAUCAACAUCAAACAUUGAUUCUCACAGGGAAUGACACAGUCUGCUAAUUUGUUCAGUUUAAAAUUCUGAUGUAUAUACCACAGUUCGCGCAGGAGCAUAAAAGACCAGAGUUUUCCCAAAUUUGUAAGUUUAGCACUUUUGACGCAACAGCUACUUAGAAGAAACAUGAUGGUCCAAUUUACAUGAUCAUUUGUAUGAACCUGUUUGACAUCUCCAGCGGAAGCUUCAAGCUUUUGUGCGGCCAGAGAAAGGAAAAUAGAGCUCUUUUAUAGAAUAUGUACGCCACAAAAUAUGAAUAAUUUUGGGGUUAAACCCAUUAGUUACACUAAUUUACUCUUCUUUACAUGUUACCAGUUACCUUUUCA